AUGCCUUCACAUCGCAAAGACAAGCUGCAAUUCGUGGAGGUAACGCCGGACGGACAAGUCACCUUCUCCGCUGUAAGGCGAAAAGUAUCUCUGGACGCUGGCCUGGAGUCGAAGGCCAUGCAAGCAUCACCACUUCUCAGCCUGCCACCUGAAAUCUUGAACGAUAUUCUGAAUUAUACAUUGGUCGAUUACUACGCCAUCCGUCUUUGUGCUUCUGAGACGUCCAUCCGCUAUAUCGAUAAACACACCGGCCGACCCUGCUACAAGACUUCUGUCAAUUCUUUCGCGAAAUUCGCUGAGCCGCCAUUGCUAAGCACAUCGAAGUGGCUCCGAAAGACUGGACUGCCGAUGUUCUAUGGUGCGAACAUCUUCAACUUGGCCAGCUUCAAGGAUACAGAAUACUUCUUGACAUCGAUCGGAUUGAGGAAGAGUAGAAUGAUAAGGCAUUUGUUCGGAAGUGAUGGGCAGAAGCAUCAUAUGUGGCGGAGGUCCGUUGCACGGUACGCUGAGAAAUGUAGGAUACGCUUCAAAUUGUUCCUCAGGCCGGGUGUACUUCGCUUUGCGGUGAAGCAUAAGGCGUAUCCGGACAAGCUAUUCUGGCUGGACUUUCGGUCGUGUACGGCUCUGGUCACAAAUCGUAAGGGAAAUGACUUGAGAAUGCUGCCAGAGACGGCAUGCUUCAAGGUGAAAAAGAAGAGGACAAGAAAGAAGAGGACGCGACAGAGGGUCGUGCCUACCGCGAUCAAGAUGAAGAGCUGA